UUCGAAAUCAUACUGUGUUUACUGGGAAGCGUCAGAAAUUUGAUUUUGAAAACAAAUUAUUCAGAAUUAGCAGCUCCUGAAACACGUGCAACAUGGAAUUCUUUGAUGAUAUUUAAAUAAUACUUGUUAUAUAUUAUAUUCUUCCCAUUUAUCAACUUGUCUGUGGAUAGAAAUUGUUAAAAUCUCUUACAGCACCAACAUCUCGGCCUUACAACAUGUUCGAACUUGCAAAUUACAGGUCUCUGGAUUGAUACACACAUUGACGGGUUUUGUAUAUAUCUUGCAUAAUGGCGUUUCACCAAAACCAAUUGCAGUUUAAUACAGGCGUACCAACAUAUACCGAAAAUUUAUCUUAUCGCCACCACCGACCAGGAGCCAUUGUCAUAGAAAAGUCAUCAGGACAACAAGCAUUUCCAGCGUUCCCUUCUCGACAGAAUGCCUCUUAUGUUACUCGAGAAGUUAACUCAAGUUCCUUGUCAAGUGAUAGAAUGGAAAUGGCCAUGAAGUUGGCCCAGAGAGACAUUAAGAAACAAAGAGAACAAGAGAGAAUGCAGGCGCUCCAGCCAAGGAGCAGAUCUCCAUCUCCAAAGUCCUCAAGAACUAGAGUGAUACCAGGUCAGAAGUUCUGGAGCAAGAACCAACGAAGCAGGGAUCCCAAACGAGAGAAGCGAGUUCUAACUGUGAGAGAGCAUGACAGAAACCGACAACCACGGGAAGCCCGGACUCAGACCCCUCCUAGAGGACCUCGGCUCGGAGAAAGAGUACCUGAUCCAAAUUUUCCAGUAUCCUCAAAUUCUCCACCUUCAAAAGAUACAGACCUCAAGAUUUAUCCAGUACGCAAGCUUCCCCCUAGUGAUCAACCUGCCAAAGAGAUAGAGAGGCUUCAGAGAGAGAUGGAAUCCUACCUACAGCAAAUCCAGGUCAUUGAGCAGAGAGCUCUUAGAGAGCAAUCUAUGGAUUUUCUACAACACAUGUCCAAAAAGAGGAAGGGUUAUCUCCCUGAAGAGGAAGACAGUGACCGGAAGCAGGCACGGAAUGACGAGAUUCAGACUCGCGCCGCUCGGCAGUUGUACGUUCUGCGUCAGCAGGUCCGUGAGGUACAGAGCCAGCUCAUCAGAGGUGAUGCUGACAAAUUGAAGCACACCAAGAAGAGUCAGAUCCUGGCCCGUUUGGCUGCGGCCCAUCGCGGAGCGGUGAGGGCGAUCCAGUCCUUCGUUAACAGCCUGCCGUUCACUGACCUACACCGGGGACUCCCGGCCAGCUACCAGGAGCUCGCCCUCCUGAUCAGACAGAUGUCACUGCUCAGUACUCAGCUCAAUGCCGAGGACAAGUCCAGUGUCCACCAGGAUCUGCUGUCCAUGCUCGACAGAGUGGAUGAUCUGAACAAGGCAUGGUGCUCAGAAAUCCAGAUAGCUGCCUCUGCCAAAUCUGACAGUGUGGCUCGCCAGAAAUCUCCUUCCAGACCCCCAUUUGAAGUCCCCAAGGCUGUCAAACAAACGAAGCCAGCAUUUGUGUCAUACAAGGGCAAAGAAAAUCGAGCGAGUAAAGGAGUGCUGAUAGCAAGAAAACCAUCUAAGGUGACAAAGAAAGCUCCAUCAGGGAGAAACCUUACUCCGGAGAGAAGGGCUACCCUCCAAGCAGGUAUAGCAGCUUUGAUGCAGGGCGAAAAACAGAGAGGGGGAUCUGGAUUUAUGCAGGAAGGUAAACAAACCAGCAGUGUUGGACUGGCCUGGGAUAUUCCAAUGGGCAAACCACAGGCAGCCCAGAAAAAGAGUCUGAUCAUCCCUGGAAAAUUACAGGCAAAGCGAGAUAAAGCUCAGAAGCCAGUGGUUAAGUCUGUACCAGAAACGCACUACGCUGAUCCCACCGUGGCUUCACAGCUAAAAGUGUCCACCCCUUACUACCAAGGCACGGUCCUAGAGAGGUCAUUCUCAGCCCCUCCAUCACCUAGGGGAAACAAAGUCAGUCCAGACAGUCUUUUAUAUGGAGCCUGGAAACCAGGCGGUAAAACUCCGACCAAUCGGAGAACCAGAUCACAAAGUCCGCAGAGUGCACGGCGCAAUAUCCUCUCACAGGACAUGGAUGAAAGCAUCGUACAAAACCUGUAUAUUGGAUCAUUCGCUAGUCCAAACCAGUCCAUGACAGAGUUACAGAACAGAGGGAGAUCUCCCACAAGACAGAGCAGGAGACAGUUCAGUAGGUCUCCAGAGGGAUUGGUCAACGAGGCAGAGAUGGCGAUCAGGAUGAGGUUGAAGCCACUGCUAGAAAAGGCCGAGAAAAUGGCAGCGAGACAGGAGCGGUUACUGGCAGCUAAGGAUGUCUCUGUCAGACAGAAGUUUGCAGACAAAGCCUACAACAAUGUUGAGGCUAAUGGAGACAUUUUGGCAGAGAUGAUUUUGGAUGACAUCAUACGAGACACUGCUGCCGAGAUGGAGAAUCUCGAGAUGAUGGAGCGAGCCGAGCGCGAGGCCAUCAGGUUGCAGGACAACCCGACCCUGGAGAAUGUGUUCCAGAGGCUCGAACAAAUGGAGCAAGAACAAUUUGAAAUCCGAAGACGUUGGGCCACUCUGGAGUUUGAAGAAGCAGGAUCAAAUCUUAGAUCCAGAAGACAACCAGCCUCAUCUCAAGCCUCAAGACCAAACCCCCCAGUUGCUAUAGAAAUUACCAGGAACAGUGGACCAAGUAUAAUGGGCCAAAAGAACUUAUAUCAACAAGAACACGUGGAAGACCAGCCUAUCAUAUUUACUAAAUUCAAACCGGAGCCCAAAUUUGCGGAGAGUCGUGUUGUCCAGGAGGAGGAGGGAGCCCGUAAUGAACGGGACCACAGUAAACCUGUGGAGUUGACUCUCGCCAAAAACGUGGUGGAAAAUAUCCACAAUUAUGUGGAGAAAUAUGAAAGGCAUUUGAGGAAAACCUCCCAUCAGAUCCAAGGGAAGUUUGAUCCAUGGAGAUUAGUGGAAGAGGUUUCUGAUCAAGUAUUCGAAGAAUGUUUGAGGGAGGUUGCUGAUGAAUUGGAAGACAUCAACGAAGCUGUGGUCAACCAGGUCUGCAAGUCAGAGUUUAUGAUCAACAGCACCCUUAACAGCACCCAGACCUCCCCGGGCCUCACCCCCGGGGGCUCUCUCCCCCACAGCCCGGUCCAUUCCCCUGGUGGGUACACACCAAUUCCGUCCCCUGAUGCAGCAGUCAAGAUGGUGGCUUUCAGUGAAAAAGACGACCUAGUCUCUGCUUCUCCAGAUGAGUUAACAAUAUCUGAUGAAGUUACUGAAGAGGGUGAUUACAAGGAGGACACUGAUGAAGAAGAGGAGAGUGAGGAGUAUGAAGAUGAUUAUGAAGAAGAGGACGAUGAUUAAAUCAUAUGAUUGUAGAUUACAAGAUUAUAGUUUUUAAUACUUUUAAUUCGGCUGGUAAGAUGGAUAGGUGUCAGCUUGUGUAUAAAAGGUAAAAUCUAACCAUUUAUGAAUUUCUAUACAUUGAUACACACCGAGUUAUAUUUUUUCUCCUUAAUGAGGCCUUCCUGUGUAUUCAUGGUAUAUGUAGUUUGCAGAAAUCUUUUACGUGUACUUGGCUAGUAGAUUUUGUAAAAGGUACACCAAUGAAAUCAAUGCAAAAAAAAUCAUGUCGAAAAGGUUUACACAUUACUUUAAUAUUUAGAAUUGUAUAAAAUAUAUUUAUUUCUCUUCUUGGUAUGUUCCUGUGAAUUCAAAUGAUAUCAGAAUGCAAAGUCUUUGCUAAAUGUCUGUGAUAUUUUGUUAAUAUUGCCAUAGGUCAUUGAAGAAUAAAAACAAAUUACAUUUU